GUUAGUGGUAGAGGUUCUCUCUCUGGAGAUAGAGCAAAAUCUCUUAGUUGUUUUGGAUCUGUAAUAGGGAAGUAUGCUCUGAGUUCUUCUUUUAGUUCUUAUGGUUUGUCUGGAAGUUUUGGCAGUUCUUUAAAAUAUGUGUCUGGUAGAUUAGUGAAGUUGAAUAUCACUCUAAGAGAGUUGACGAUUGCUCUAGUUUGGAACUUGUGUUCAAUUG